CGUAAUUGACCCGCCCACAAUCUGCAAGACGCAUCCGGAGGAGGGGCUGCUGGAAGGCAAGCUAGCAAUAGCAGCAUUGCAGAUAGAGAAAUGGAAUUUACAGCGUUAGCUAAACUGGUUGUCAUCGGUGAUUCCUCAGUGGGAAAGACCUGCCUUAUACUAAGAUACACGCAAGAUGUAUUUCGAGAAAGUUUUCUCCCAACAAUUGGUGUUGAUUUCAAAAGCAAAAUAGUAGAAGAAGGAGAGAAACGUUACAAAUUACAAUUAUGGGAUACUGCAGGUCAAGAAAGGUAUGACUCACUAAGAAGAGGAUUUUAUCGUGGAGCUAAAGGAGUGAUAGUUGUAUAUGAUAUAACUAGUAUAGAGUCAUUUGACAAUGUUACAAAGUGGAUUGAAGACAUAACAACAAAUGCAGGCCCUACUCAACCACUGCUAUUAGUGUUGGGAAAUAAAAUAGAUAAUGCAAGUGCACGAAAAGUACCAACAGUAUCUGGACAACAAAUAGCUAAAAGUGUUGGUGCUUGCUUUGGUGAAGUUAGUGCAAAAACCGGUGAAGGGAUUGAAGAGGCAUUUCAACAUUAUGUUUGUGAGUUAGUUAACCGAAUAGACAAAGAUCAAUCACGGUACAGUGACGUAGGUCUCCUUGGUCACAGUAUUGAUGGGGACCACUGGAGUAGAUCCAAUGAGAGCAAGUGCUGCGGUGGACACAAUCCUGGUACUGCAUCUAAUCCCUCCAGUCCACAUAAACCAAAAGUGGAUUUUGAUCCAUUAAUCUAAUUUUUUUUAAUAUACAAUAAUAAUUAUUACUAAUUUUAAUACUCAAGUAUGAUACUAACAAGACCUAAAAUGUUUAAUGUUCAAUGUUUUGCUAUGAUGAUAUAGC